AUGGCCUCAUUGCUGCGACCCUUUGGGGAUUCAAAGUCAUCCGGCGACGUGGGUCGCGAAUUCAACGCUCUUACCGGUGUAGUCGAUGGGCUUCACCCCCUCCGUGCAUUUGGUGACAUCCCGCACGGAUUCUCAUUCUACUACGGGCCAAAGGAUAUGAUCAUACCGAAGCUGUGGCAGAUGAAGCGUCCUGACGUGCAGUCUGCUCCUCGUAGCAACGACAAGCUGAACGCUGCCAUUACCUUUUCCUACGGAUCGAAGCCUGGCAAUUACGUAUGCACAAUUCCCUUGGCAAACACAAUCUUUCAGAAUGGCCUCCAGUCGACUCUCAUCGCUAGCCGCUGGAAACUCAACCUUGAGGGGGGUUUGGACCUGAUCGAGCGCGAAGAGCGACGGGCUCAGGAAGUCAACAUCUACACCAGAGAAAGCGAGCGCACCAACUCGAUCCAGGCGCCCCUGGUCCCCAUCACGGCUCCGCGGAAGAUCGUAUCGGGCCUGGGCAACAUCAUCAGGCAGGUCGAUGUCAAUGGCAAAGAGACGCCUGCUUCUUCGGAGCUCGAGACGGCCGUCCAAGCGCUUUUUGACAGGCGGACGGCAGAAGGCCACGAGUUCCCUCCGGGCCCCGUGGGUGUAUGGGGGGUCGUUUGUCCCCCUGGCGAUGACCAAGCGGGAACCAUUGAAUUUCUGAACAAGCUGUCCGUGACAGCGUCAAAGGUACGGAACGCCGGAGACGAGUGGUCAAUCGUCUUGAAUACGAAAGACUAUAUGAAAUGGCUCAUCAAGAGAGGUGUCAGAGUCUACAAGAUUCCGAAUGAAGAGAGUGGUGGUGGCGGCUGGGGGAAGAAGGCAGGCCUCCUCUCGCUCGAUCCCGAAGUCAAGUAUUCCGCUUCCUCCGAGGAAGAGGAUCUCGACAGCUUCAUCCGUUCCUUUGAGAACCGGAACGAAGGCGGCGGCGACGCCGAACAAGGCGUCAUCGCUCCGGGCUCGUACAUUCAAUACUUUGUCGCUCCGCCCUUCACCGCCACCAAGAGGCAUACGGCAGCGGAUGGCGAAUCUCAGUUCACCGAUUCCUUUGGAGUGACGGAUGACGCGCGACUAGAGGCGUCGUCGGUUCCCACUUCGCGAGACUGGAAACAAAUUCAGCACCAGUUCGGUGCGGUGACAACCCACGGGCUCUUCCUUGAGUGCAGGUCGUUGCGUCCUCUCGUCCGGGAGACGAAGCUGGACGUGCCCGGAGCGUGGAUCGGACAUUUGGGACUCCCUGACCGAAAACGUUCCAAGUUCAGGAAGCUUAGCCUGCACACGGAGAAAGGCUUGGGAAGCUCAAGCUAA